AUGGAGAGCCCUGAUCUGGAGACAGAGAAUGAGACCCCACCCUCAGAAAAGCAACAUGACCAACAAUCUGCUGCUGUAAAUGAAUGCCAGAAGACAUUCAGAUUAAAUCUGAUGAAGAAGUUUGAGUGUGUAAAUGAAGUGAUAAUAAAUCAGGAAAACCGAACGCUCCUGAAUGAGAUCUACACAGAGCUCUACAUCACAGAGGGAGACAGUGGAGACAUCAAUAAAGAACAUGAGGUGAGACAGAUCGAGGCAACGUCUAGGGGAACAACAUCAGAGGAAACACCAAUCAAAUGCAGUGACAUCUUUAAGCCCUUAUCUGAUCAAGACAAACCCAUCACAACUGUGCUGACAAAGGGAGUCGCUGGCAUUGGAAAAACAGUCUCUGUGCAGAAGUUCAUUCUGGACUGGGCUGAAGGGAAAACAAAUCAGGACAUCCACCCAAUAUUUCCACUUCCUUUUAGAGAGUUGAAUCUGAUGAAGGACCAGAAACUGAGUCUAACUGAGCUCCUUCAUGUCUGUUUUAAGGAAACAAAAGAAACACAAAUGUCCAGUUUGGGAAAAGUUCUGUUCAUUUUUGAUGGAUUGGAUGAGUGUCGUUUUCCUAUGGAUUUCCAGAACACAGUAAAAGUGUGUGAUGUAACUGAAUCUGCAUCAGUGUCUGUGCUGCUGAUAAACCUGAUCAAAGGGAAUCUGCUUCCCUCUGCUCUCAUCUGGAUCACAUCCCGACCAGCAGCAGCUGAUCAAAUCCCCCCUGAGUUUGUCGAUCGAGUCACAGAGGUACGAGGUUUCAAUGACCCACAGAAGGAGGAGUACUUCAGGAAGAUGAUCAGUGAUCAGAGCCUGGCCAAUGACAUCAUCACACACCUGAAGUCAUUAAGAAGCCUCUACAUCAUGUGUCACAUCCCAGUCUUCUGCUGGAUCUCAGCCGCUGUUCUAGAGAGAAUGUUGCGUGAAGCAGAGAGUGGAGAGAUCCCCAAGACUCUGACUCAAAUGUACACACACUUCCUCAUCAUUCAGAUAAACAUCAUAAGAGAAAAGUACUCAGAGAAACAGGAGAGUGAUGAAGAAAUGCUUCUCAAACUGGGACGACUGGCAUAUAAGCAGCUGGAGAAACACAACCUGAUCUUCUAUGAUAAAGACCUGAGAGAGUGUGGCAUUGAUGUGAGAGAAGCAGCAGUGUACUCAGGUGUGUGUACGCAGAUCUUCAGAGAGGAGUUUGGGCUUCACCAGAGUAAAGUGUACUGCUUUGUUCAUCUGAGUAUUCAGGAGCAUCUUGCAGCUCUGUAUGUGCACCUGACAUCUGUGAGGGAAAAGAGAAAUGUUCUUCAACAGAGUCAGUCCUUUAAUACAAUCUUAGAUGUCCACAUUAGUGCUGUAGAUAAGGCCUUAAACAGUAAGACUGGACAUCUGGAUCUUUUCCUCCGCUUUCUUCUGGGUCUCUCACUGGAGUCCAACCAGAAACUCUUACAUGACUUAGUAACACAGACAGGAAGAAGCUCACAGAGCAAAAUUAAAACUGUUCAUUACAUUAAGGAGAUGAUCAGUAAAGAUCUUCCUACAGAGAAAUCCAUCAAUCUGUUCCACUGUCUGAAUGAACUGGGUGAUGAUUCUCUAGUGGAGGAAAUCCAACACUACCUGAAAUCUGGACAAAGUGAACUAUCUCCUUCACAGUGGUCUGCUCUGGUGUUUGUGUUACUGACAUCAGCAGAGGAUCUGGAGGAAUUUGACCUGAAUAAAUAUUUCAGUCCAGAGAAGAUAACAGAUGAGGUUCUUAUGAGGGUGAUGCCUGUGAUUGCAGCAUCCAGAAAAUCAAUGUUGUAUAGUUGUGGUGUCUCAGGUGAAGGCUGUGCUGCUCUGACUUCGGCUCUGAGAUCAAACCCCUCACACCUGAGAGAACUGGAUCUGUCCUGGAAUAAUCUAGGAAACUCAGGAGUAAAGUGUGUCUCUGCUGUACUGGAGAAUCCUGACUGUAAACUGGAGACACUGGGUUUGCGUGAUUGUGGUGUCUCAGAUGAAGGAUGUGCUGCUCUGGCUUCAGCUCUGAGAUCAAACCCCUCACACCUGAGAGAACUCCAUCUGUCCCAUAAUAAUCUAGGAAACUCAGGAGUGAAGUGUGUCUCUGCUGUACUGGAGAAUCCUGACUGUAAACUGGAGACACUGGGGUUGGUGUAUUGUAGUGUCUCAGAUGAAGGCUGUGCUGCUCUGACUUCAGCUCUGAAAUCAAACUCCUCACACCUGAGAAACCUGUAUCUAAAUGGGAAUAAACAAGGAGACUCAGGAGUGAAGUAUCUUUCUGCCCUUAAGGAACAUUACAAACUACAGACACUGAUGAACCAAAAGAUGGUUGCUGCCCAGAAGCAUGUGCUACGUGUGUAUGUUGCACGAGACACCGCCCUGAAACUUACUCUACUUGAGCGACCAAAGUCAGUGAAGGAGCUGAAAGAAAUAAUGCAAGAAAGGUUCAAGCCGAGAUUGGAUGAGGACUUUAGCCUGCACUAUGAGGAUCCGGACUUUGAUGGUGAGCUUUGUUUACUGGUGGACAUCAAGGAGUUACCAGAAAAGGGCACGUUGAGAGUCGUCAGACCUGAAGGUGACACCUCAUCUACUGCAUCUUCUGACACAGACAUACUCCCACAUGCAUUACAGCGGCAGAAGAGUUGGCCUGAUCACUUUGUUGUUCCUGGUUUUGGUUAUGAAAUGGAGCAUAUUCUAGAAGAAGGAAAUCAUGUUUAUGAAGAAUCAGGAAAAUUGCUGAAGUUAAAGAGGUCACAUAAGAGUGAAAUCCUUAAAAAAACGGCAGAAACGAUCUACAGUUUUAAACCAUACCCACAUGAAAAGGAAUUGGCAAUGGCUGCUAAAGCUUUGAUUACAGCUCAUCCAUGUCUCAGAAUGACGACUGGUGAAGACGGGGAGUUGGGAUGGAAACGUCACAUAGGGUAUAAGGUUGCGUCUUACCGUAACAAUCUGGCCAAAGCUGGGGUUGCAGAAGUAGCCAUCAACACAGGGAAGCGGAGCCGAAACAACCCCGACAAAGAUCACCCCCAUCAAAACAUAAAGAAAGCUCGAAAAGCUGAGGUCAACUACAUCAUUAACCUACCGAAGGAUCAAACCCCAGCCACUCUGGAAACAAUGAGAGAAGAAAUCAUACAUGAAGUCGAAAAGACUGAGAGAAACCAAUUAGUAAUAGGCAAGCUCAUGAACACAUCCUAUGCUCUUCGUCGCCAAGAAAUCGUUGGAGCUCUUGUAGCUCCACGGGUGAGAGAUGUCAUGAGCAGAUGGCCAGCCCUACUUAUGGAGUCACAGGUGUUUGCAGAGUUCCACCGAAUCAACAACAUUAACCUGCGCAAUCAAUUCUACAAGGAGCUGGACAGACACACGCCUAAACUCAUCACCUUGUUCAGAGACAAGGCCACCAAGACUGGCAAGAUAGCGCAGGAGCUAGCCAAGCUCAUAAGGAUUUAUGACUUUCAGGAACAACGUGAUAUAAAUAUGAGACGGGCCCUCGUCCUUCGUGCACUUCCUGUCUACUUGCGUGAAGAUGCCUCCAAGUUCUUCAGGACCUGCAACUCAGCAGAUGGUCCAGACCUCACUGACACUCCAUUGGCUCUCCUGACAGUCGUCAUGGAUGACACUACUGAUGCGUCCCUCCUCAGCCCUGAGAGCAUCUGUAUUGUCGUGGAGGAUAAAAUACUUUACAUGGGUGAAUGUGUCUCUAAAAGAUUGAAGACUAAGAUUAUUGAGACGCUGUACAGCUGGACUGUAGUGUUCCCUAACAAGUUCAAGAUUAAUGAAGCGUAA